GUCAAGGCCAGACGACCUUGUGUGAGGCAACUGCGUCACUGGCUACACACGUGCGAUAAACCAGUUGAUCACUCGUUGUACCCUUGUGAUACAUCAGCUGCGUCACUGACAACACAAGUGGGAUGAAUCAGCAGCAUCGUUGUCUACACAUAUGAUGGAUCACGAACAUCGUUGUCUACACACAUGAUGGAUCACUAACAUCGUUGUCUACACACAUAAUGGAUCACUAACAUCGUUGUCUACACACAUGAUGGAUCACCAACAUCGUUGUCUACACACAUAAUGGAUCACUAACAUCGUUGUCUACACACUUGAUGGAUCACCAACAUCGUUGUCUACACACAUGAUGAAUCAGCCCCAUCGCUGGCUACACACGAGUACACAAAUAACCAGCACGUAGGAGACUGAAGCUUACGACGACGUUUUGGUUCGACUUGGACCAUUAGCCAGUCAGGGUAUUGUGCCAUUUUUAUUCUUUACGUACGUUUGGUGGAUCUCGCGCUUAGCAGACGUAAUAUCGAGCUUCCACUUAUUGCCAAGUAACCCAAAACAGGUUUAGUGAAAAUUAGACUGGCGUAUGAAACCUGAAAGACGUGGGAUACACCAAGGUCAGAGAGUUAAUGUGGGAUGUAUGUACAUGACAGUGGUCACAGUCGAAGAACUGCCUAGGUGAGGACAACUAAUCUCGGGAUUGGUGCAGCGUUCAGUCACAGCUUGUGGGAGGCCCCGAGAAGCAGGAUGAGGCCUACACUUCGAGUCACUAGGGCACUGCUGACGAAUUAUGGUACUAUGAUGGCGGGCAGAGGACUGAUUCUUAGUGGAAUGUUGCCUCUGUUGCGCCUCCUGUUGCUCGCAGUCAUCAAUAACUCUGUUCACAAAGACUACGACCUCUCCAGUCCCCUCGUUUCCAAGUACGACUUUAUUGUUGUUGGUGGAGGCACGGCUGGAUGUGUGGUGGCUGCCAGGUUGUCUGAGGUGGGUGACUGGAAGGUGUUGGUGGUGGAGGCUGGACAGCCCCCGCCUCCAGAGACCUACGUACCUGCUCUUUUACCAAUGUCCUUCCUUCCCAACAGCCCUGCUCUUUGGCAUUACAGAUCCACUCCACAAAAACAUGGACUUAAAAAUUAUGUAAACCAGGAGGCGGCAUUGAUGCAGGGUAGGGCAGUGGGCGGUGGAUCAGCAGUGAAUGGGUAUAUAUACAACCGCAGUAACAGGCGUGAUUAUGAUCGAUGGGCAGCCAUGGGUAACCAAGGCUGGGACUCGGCUUCUAUUCUUCCAUACUUUCUCAAGGCUGAAAACUACAGUGGUCCACUGAUGUCUAGUACAGAGAAGUACUACGGAAGAAGUGGUCCUCUGGGGGUCAUCCCUGGCCUAUCAGGGUCCUUGCAACAAGCCUUUAUCCAGGGAGGGCGUGAGCUGGGCUACCCGUCAAACGACCCCAAUGGACCUGAGCAGAUAGGGUUUCCUACCCAUGGUCUGUUUACCGUUCGUGAUGGUGUGCGGAGCUCCACCUCUGAGGCCUACCUCAGGCCCGCCUCUUCCAGACCCAACCUCCACAUCCUCCACAGUGCCACCGUUCUUCAGGUGGUGUUUGAUAACAACAAGAGAGCUGCUGGCGUCAAACUGGAAUACAAAGGAAAGGUGAUGACAAUUGGAGCCCGGAAGGAGGUAGUGUUGUCUGCCGGAGCAAUACGGUCGCCCCAUCUGCUGUUGGUGUCAGGGGUCGGACCACAAGACCAUCUGCAGCACCACAAGGUGACGAUGGUGGCAGAUGUACCGGGGGUGGGCCAGAACCUGCAUGAUCAUGUAUCAGUGAAUGGCCUCAGCUGGACCACCAGGAAGGGCCUUUCCAGCUCCACCAUCAUACGUUCUGCCAGUCCCUCCUCUCUCAAACAGUACAUAGCCAACAGGUCAGGGCCAAUGGCAGCGCCUUCUGAAAACAUGCACAAUGCCUGGGUGAAGGUGAGGCCAGACGGAGACCCCCUCUGGCCAGACACACAAAUAAUCAUAACACCUAUUUCAUUAGCCUAUGACAACGGCUUCGUCUCUCCAGCUGUUUUCGGUCUUGAUGAUCAGAAAUUCAGAAAUUACCUACAUGAGAUUUACGGCAGAGAUGGGUUCAGCAUGACGCCAAUUCUCGUUCACCCCAAGAGCAGAGGCUCCAUCACCCUCAAGUCCAGUGAUCCCACCUACCUACCCAUUAUUAACCCAAAUUAUUUGAGCCAUCCUGAUGACAUCAACACCCUCGUAAAUGGUAUCAAGCUCAUUCUGGCUUUGGGUAAUACUUCAGCCUUUGUCAACGACUUCCAAGCUAAAUUCUUCGAUAAGCCGCUGCCAGAGUGUGCUGGGGAAGCCUCCAACAGCAACGCCUACUGGGCCUGCUACGUAACUCACAUGGCCACGACCUAUGUUCAUGUGGCCGGCACCUGCAAGAUGGCUCCACCCUCUGACCCCCUUGGCGUGGUCGACACUCACCUGAGGGUCCGUGGAGUGUCUGGGCUUCGAGUGGUAGACGCGUCCAUCAUGCCUUCCAGCGUCUCUGGUAACACCAACGGCCCAACAAUCAUGAUAGCAGAGAAAGCCGCUGACAUCAUCAAGGAAGACUGGAACCUCGCAGCUAAUUUUCUCUUCUUCCAUUGUUGCAAGGCCUAAUAAAUGUCAUCAGUUAAUUAUAA